AUGGCACCAUCAGGAAACAAGCGCCCGGCCGCGCCUGUUCACAGCAUGAAGACUCGUGCACAAACUAGAAGAGAGCAGGGGAAUCAGGCGAGCCUCAAUCCGACCGAGAAGCGGCCCCAUGAUUCCGACGAGGAGUCCGAAGAAGAAAUUCACAGCAAUCGCCCUGGUAAGAGGCCAAAACUUCAGAAACCCAAGAAAACCAGCUCCAAAAGACCGUCGACUAGCGUGCCGGAUGCCACAUCCUCUACCGGAGCUCAGGAACAGCAGGAGAAUGCUACGGGAGAGGAUGAAGAAGUGAGUAUCGAGGCAAUUAGCCCAGAAGAUGACCAUGAGCAGAGUGACCCUGGAACCGGUGAAGACGGGAUCAACGAUAACGACGAUGACGUUGAGGAAAUUGUUCGAUCACCGCCGCGCAUCGUGGAAGACGAAAUCUAUUGGCCAGCGAUCAGAGAAGCGUACGUCGCCGCCUCGAAUGGCAGCAACAUAGAAUUCCGGCUACCCUGCAUUGUUUGCCGAGGACACACCAUGGUCAAGUAUCCCGGGUGCCCGGAGUACGAGUACAAUUCUCAGACUGGCCACUAUGGUGAGCACCUCGUCAUCCUUCCCUCAAUGGCCGUCCAGGAUCUUGUCCAACCUGUCGGUGCAGGCUCCAAUGUCUCGAGUGCUCGGCACCUUUCAAACCAUGGGUCCUCAACGACGAUAAUCAGCGCUUCACGCCGCCAAUGA